AUGAACUUCUUGGAGGAGAAGACGCAAGGUUGGACGAGACGUUGGGUGGUUGUUCGACGGCCUUACAUCCUGCUUUUCCGCGACGAAAAGGAUCUGGUGAUUCGUGGCAUCAUUAACUUAGCAAACGCUAGAGUAGAAUACUCAGAGGAUCAGCAGGCGAUGCUCAAAGUUCCAAACACAUUUUCUGUUUGCACGAAUCAUCGCGGUUUCCUAAUGCAGAUCAUGCCCGGUGAUGAGAUGUAUGACUGGUUAUAUGCGAUAAAUCCGUUGAUGGCAGGACAAAUGAAGGUGAAGGCGUCGGCCGCGAAUGGAACGCUGAAGUCCGGCAUUUAG